GGUCGGUGCGGUGAAAAUGUUACUGAAAGUGCCAUUUAUUUGGAUAGGAUACCUACUAAUAGAUAGAUUUGUCUCAUUCGCCUUCGCAGGAACAAACACCAUACAACUUGACACGAGUGAUGAGCCAUGUACUGUGACUGCAUCUAGAGAACGAACCAUCAGUAAUAAUACCGUUGUCUUCUACUUGGGAGACGAUAUACAUCUUGAAUUUAUUAGUCAACAUUACAUGAAUCGUAUAAUAUGCAACGUGAGUCACCCUUCGAACAGUUUUGACUUCACAGUUAAAAAAAUCGAUCUAAAGCUGUAUCGCGAUGAACAUGAGAAGAAACUUGAACAUAUGGUUAUUCAAAACGUAACCAAGACAUAUGACGGGAACUGGUCUUGCGAGAUACUCACUUUCAAAGACAUUCUACAUGACGUCUCAAACAUGGUGAUAGUCGAUAACAGCACGUAUAGACAAACUUUCUGCCGUGCGAGAGUACACAUACAAACACGAACAAACACCAUACAACUUGACACGAGUGAUGAGCCAUGUACUGUGACUGCAUCUAGAGAACGAACCAUCAGUAAUAAUACCGUUGUCUUCUACUUGGGAGACGAUAUACAUCUUGAAUUUAUUAGUCAACAUUACAUGAAUCGUAUAAUAUGCAACGUGAGUCACCCUUCGAACACCCCUUUUGACUUCAAAGUUAAAGAAAUCGAUCCAAAGCUGAAUCCCGAUAACCAUAAGACGAAACUUGAACAUAUAGUUAUUACAAUUAAGAAUGAGCAAGCGGCGGAAAUGGAAAGCAAACAAGAAAACAACGGUACCUUGAAAUAUUUAUAUGCAAUGAAGGAAAACGUAACCAAGACAUAUGACGGGAACUGGUCUUGCGAGAUACUCACUUUAAGAGACAACCAAGAUGUCUCACACAUAGUGAUAGUCGAUAACAGCACGUAUAGACAAACUUUCUGCCGUGCGAGAGUACACAUACAAACACCACCACCGGAGCCAGUAACUCCUAAUACAAAGGAGGAUGAAAAAGAGGAAAAAUUCCCUGAUAUGUACAUAUACAUAAUCGUCGGGGUCGUGGUUGCCGUUAUAAUCAUAACGCAAACAGCUGUAAUACUUUAUUUGAAGGGUAAAGCAAAAAGAACUGCCAGACUGGAGAGCUUGUCCCUCAGGGCCCAGGAUCAGGACGAUAGCUCAAAAAGAUACAGCAGUUCUCCUGGCGUGAAAAUAUCCGCAUUUUCUAGAAUAAUGAAAAGGAAAUCAAAUAGAGAUGACAACAACAUCUAUGAGACGCUUGAAGAAGUAAGAAACGCGGGCGACGAAACUCCACCGGUGCCACCCAUUAACACGAUUCCUACUUUAAAACGGAACCGAAGCUUCCAGAACCGAUCUGAUUCUGAUGCUAAAGAGUCUCCAAGGUCUCUGCCGAGGACCAAAGAUCGGCCUACGUUGAAUCGAAUAUCAGAAAGGGAAACCAGUCCUGAGCCGAACAUCAGUAAAAGACCGCCUCUGCCGCUGCCAAUUCAUUCUCACGAAGCUGAUCCUUCUGCGCACCACCAAGACAGGACAUCUUCGUACGACGACUCGGGGUCAUUGGUGGGAAGCCUGAAAAGGUUUAGAGGAGAGAGAGGCGCUUCUCCGGCACACUUGUCCAAAACUCCGCUGCAACCAAUCGAAGAAGCCUCUCAAUUUAAAAACAGCACUCUCACCAGACCUAGAGCUGGUAUCGGCCAAGCAUCAGUGACCUCUGAACUGAACAACAUCUUGAAGAUGAGGAAAGCAUCUGUGGGGGUCCCAAAGAAUUACAAUCCACCGCCGCCUCCUAAGAAACACUCAAUCCCAUCUCGUAUAAGGAAACAGUACUUCGGAGCUGCAGACAAUUCGCAUCAGCCUGAGCAGAAACCAUUCGUAGCAGAAGCACCAAACCCGCUGCCCACUGGAAAGUCAGCUAUUCUGCUAGGCCUGGCACCGGGCCCUGCUCCCAGACAGCGGCUGAAGCCAGCCCCUCUCAACCCUCCCAAAACCCCUAACCCAGUGAAACCGGCACCAAAAAUCCCUAACCCACCAUCAAAACCAGUAGCAUCUGGUUACAAGCCACCCAAUCCGCCUCUAAAACCUUUAUCAGAAAGGGCUACAUCCCCUAAACCAGCUACGGCUCAAAAGCGACUGACAAAUGCACCAGUUAAAUCCUUCGCGCCAGGGAAGCCAAUACCUGUGCUUCCUAAGACAGCUCCUACAACGAUAGGGGCUCCAGGAACUCUCAAACCGGUCGCCCAUGUGCCUCCUGUGAAACCUUUAAAGGCACAAAAUCCGCAGCCCCCCAAGUUUGAGAAUCCAGGGUCACAAAUGCAUCCACAUGAAAUGAGUAAACCACUCCCUCCGCCUCCCAGAGAAGUUGUGGAAGAACCAGUUUAUGAAGAAUAUGACGAAGAACCGUAUUACAACGAAGAAUGGACGCCACCCGACCCAGAGCCUGCAAGGUUUGAGAGACCAGCGCCACCCAACCCAGAACCUCCUAGAUUUGAGAGACCAACAACACACUUCGCUCCUCCAGUCACAUCACGUCCUAAGCCGCUACCACACAGGCCACCAGUACAAGAAGAAAUAUACGAGGAGUACCCUGAAGAACCUGUUUAUAAUUCUGACGAAGAAUGGACGUACGAACCUCUGGAGAAAUACAACAUAUACUCCAGUUAGACUUAAUUCUAGUUUAAUUUAGGAUGCCUGUAUGGAAACGUCUUUGUUUCAAUGGUACUGAGAACCAUUCAUAGUUAAUUUUAAGUAAAACCCGCAGGCUACCGACUUCAUAGAUCGUUUCAUCCACGAAGACGCGCCCCACCAUUCUUCCGCGAAUGUUUGAGUGUUAUCGGUACACGCUUAAUCAUCCAUGAGUGUACACACACACUACAAUAAUGACGCUCGGAUUGCUCGGAUCAAACUCCCCGCACACCGCGCUUCCCUCGACCGAAAAUAAAAUUGGU